AUGAUAUGGAGGGGAUUGGAACACCUGAAUCACAUGAUAUGGAGGGGAUUGGAACACCUGAAUCACAUGAUUGGGAGGGGAUUGGAACACCUGAAUCACAUGAUAUGGAGGGGAUGGAACACCUGAAUCACAUGAUAUGGAGGGGAUUGGAGCACCUGAAUCACAUGACAUGGAGGGGAUUGGAACACCUGAAUCACAUGAUAUGGAGGGGAUUGGAACACCUUAAUCACAUGAUUGAGAGGGGAUUGGAACACCUGAAUCACAUGAUUGAGAGGGGAUUGGAACACCUGAAUCACAUGAUAGGGAGGGGAUCGGAACGCCUGAAUCACAUGAUUGGGAGGGGAUUGGAACACCUGAAUCACAUGAUAUGGAGGGGAUUGGAACACCUGAAUCACAUGAUUGGGAGGGGAUCGGAAUACCUGAAUCACAUGAUAUGGAGGAGAUUGGAACACCUGAAUCACAUGAUUGGGAGGGGAUUGGAACACCGGAAUCACAUGAUAUGGAGGGGAUUGGAACACUUGGAUCACAUGAUUGGGAGGGGA